AUGUCUUACGAGCUAAAGGCUAAGGGCAAUGAACGGUUUAAGGAGGGGGAUUAUGAGGGCGCGGAGGAGUUAUACUCCCAAGCAAUUCAGAAAAACUCCAACGAUCCGACAUUCUUUAAUAACCGCGCCCUCGUCCGAAUAAAGCUCGGGUUGUGGGACGGAGCAGAACACGAUUCAAGAAUCGCCGUGGAUCUCUACGGACCCAAGAAUGCUGCAGCCGUCAAGUCGAAUUACUACCUCUCCCAGGCGCUGUUGGCAUUGCAGCGGCCUGCCGAAGCGCUUGAAAUCGCUCUUGCUGCAUACAAGACCAGUCUUGAGACAAAGAAUCCCAACUCCGAACCUCUGUCGAGGAUCAUACUUCGCGCAAAGCAAAGUAUAUGGGCAGCAAAGGAAACCGCGCGUAUUAGAGAACGUAAUGAGACUCUGAAGCAGGUGGAGGCCCUGAUGGAAGCAGAGUUGCGCUCGGAAAUGGCCGCUUUACAUGACGCUUUUGAGAAAGGUGAGAUGGGCAAGGUCGGAUAUGACGAAGACAAGAAGGUAUUGGAGGAAGAAUAUGAGAAAAAGUUAAAGAAUGUGCGAGAUGCAUUUGCGUCGCUGGAUCCAGAGCUUCAGGAAAGGCAUAUGCCGGAGCACUUGAUCGACAACAUUACUUUUGAAGUUAUGCAUGAUCCGGUCGUUACGCCUUCAGGUCAUUCGUUCGAAAGAACAAGCAUCUUGAAACAUCUACAACAGUCUGAGGUUGACCCCAUAACUCGUGUACCAAUGACCACCAGCGACCUCCGACCGAACUAUGCACUCAAGGCAGCCUGUGAAGAUUUUCUGGGGAAGAACGGAUGGGCCGUUGACUGGUAA